AUGAAGAGAAAUUUGGACAUCAGCGACAUUCAAGAUGACGAAGACAUCUACGACCGCCUUGUGUUGAAUCAGAAAAGAAGAUCGCGAAAGGGGAAGGCAAAGCGUCUGAUGAAGGCUCCACUUCUUCUCUCGGAGCAAGUUCGAUUAAUGGAAGAAAAGAUCAACAACAUCUCUCCUCACCAUGAAGACAGCAAAGAAACCGAGAAGAAAUAUGAUUUAGAUAUUGUCAGCGAUGAAGAGGGCCCUGUUAUUGUUGACUCAGAGCAUCUUCUCACCCCUGAUAUACGAGAAUAUCAAUCUAUUCAUGAUCGGUACGAAGAACUCGAGCUCCAUAAACUUUUCGACGACACGAGGACUAAUUUCAUGUUUCGGUUGUUUUUCAUUGCGACCAUGCAUGACCAGGGAGAUAACUUUGUGGAUGGUAGCACAGGAGACCUCUUUCGACAGAAACUACGAGAUAUUUUAGCCCAACAGCGAGCCAAAUUAAGAAUGCGGAGAAAAUUCGUGGCUGAAAACUACUUACCAGGAAAAGCUGCUCUCGCACUUCCCUCAAACGAAAUUACACGGACCACAACUGCAAUUAAAGUUCCACCGCGUAUUCUUGAGCUUUUGGACUAG